AUGGCUCGGCCUGAUCAACCCCUAGUGCUACUCUUAAGAGGAGUCAAGGGAGAUAGCCAUGGCACGGAUGUGUACACAUCCGCUCUGGGUAUGGUGGAGGAUGUAUGCUCCAGUGAGCAGAGGAUUCAUGUUCACUGUUUCAUGGGAAAGAGCGAUAUUGUCAGGGCGUGGCUGCGGAAGUUUCCGAACACGUAUUUCGGUGUAACUGCUGCUGUCCGCGUUUUCGACAACCCGCAACUGGAAGGACUCAAGGCCAUCCCGUGGAACAGGUUGCUGCUAGAGACCGAUUCUCCCUACUUUCCCCCUGGGAAGGCACGGGUUAGUACACCAGCGUACAUUGGGGAGACAGCGGCUGUAGUAGCAGCACAUCUGGACGCUCGGACACCCGAAAUCCUGGAGUGUGCGACCGCCAAUGCCCGAGAGCUGUACAAGUUAUAG